AUGGAGGUAUUCAACAGUCCGGUGGCUCCGGCCAAUCCGGUGACAGUCUCCGGGCUGCUGGGCAGGACUCACGGCAGCCGUUGGAGGCAGAUCCAGCUGUCAUCAGCACGUCCGGUGGCUCCGGCCAAUCCGGUGACAGUCUCCGGGCUGCUGGGCAGGACUCACGGCAGCCGUUGGAGGCAGAUCCUGCUGUCAUCAGGAAGACUCAAAGCAAAGGAGAGACUGUUUGCCGUCCGGCUGCAGUUCAUUAGUGGAGUGUCUGACUCUGUGCUGAACCAGCUGCUGGAUAAACUCCUUCAGCAGGGUGCUUUGAGCAACGAGGAGAUGCAGAGGGCAAAGACCAAGCUCAGAGAAGACAAAGCUCGAGACGCGAUUGAUACUGUGAUGAGGAAGGGAUUUAAACCCGGCAAAACUCUGAUAGCGGCUCUCAGGGAGGUGGACCCCAGCCUUUCCAGAGAGCUGAACCUGUGGUGA